AUGGAGAAGCUCCUUCUAGGUACCCUGCUCCUCUCCAUCCUCUCAGCGAGUGUGACCCAGUCAGAUGUAAAAAGGAAGGUGCUUAUUUUCCCUCAAGAGUCAGCCACUGCCUAUGUCUCCCUGAUACCCGCAGUGAGGAAGCCCCUGCAGAGCUUCACGCUGUGUCUGAAGUCCUUCACGGAUCUCACCCGCCCCUACAGCCUCUUCUCCUACAACACACGCUCCCAGGACAAUGAGCUGCUUCUCUUUAUUGAAAAGACAGGAGAAUACCAGCUGUACAUUGGGAAUUCUAGGGUCAGUUUCAAUGGCCCCUCCUCCCCUUACAACCCCAGGCACAUCUGUGUGAGCUGGGAGUCUGCCUCUGGGAUCGCUGAAUUCUGGGUGGAUGGGAAGCCCUUGGGGAGAAAGGGCAUCCGAAAGGGGUACACUGUGGGGGCUGAUGCAAAGAUCAUCCUGGGACAAGAGCAAGAUUCCUUUGGGGGAAAUUUUGAUGCCAAACAAUCCUUUGUUGGAGAGAUAUGGGAUCUUUCUUUGUGGGACCGUGUGCUCCCUCUAAAAGACAUGUGCGGCUGCUGUGAUGGUGGCAAUGUCCUUGACUGGAAGACCCUGCAGUAUGAGGAAAACGGCUAUGUGGUGACUAAACCCAGUCUGUGGGCCUGA